CGGGUUUACAGUAUCUUCAACCAGUAUCACCGCUGUGCACUGAUACAAUGAGAACUCUGAGCGUUUGGUGUGCACUAGCAGCCGUAUUUGCGUAUGGGGCUUCCAGUGUAUCUGCAGCGGCUCCUAAACGGCAGAUAGAUAUACAAACUGCAGCAGCAACCGAGCCUACUGGUGCAGCGGAGACUGGUUCACCCGUGAGUGAAUACAAUGGGGUGCUGUAUAGCUCUCACGAUGAGAUGAAUAGCAGACUCAAAGCAGUGGCAGAUAAGUGUGAGGAUAUCACACAAGUAUACUCAAUUGGUAAAUCAGUUGAGGGACGAGAACUGCAUGUGAUCGAAUUCUCGACUUCACCUGGCAAACCGCAGCCUGGUAUACCUCAAAUGAAAUACGUAGGGAAUAUGCACGGCGACGAGUUGCUUGGUCGAGAGCUGCUGAUUAUACUAGCCGAGGACUUGUGCGAGAAGUAUAUGUCAAAAAACGAGACCAUCACACAGCUUAUCAGUGAAACGUCCAUACACAUUCUUCCUACGAUGAACCCCGAUGGACAUCACAAUACGUUGGCGAUUCUCAACGAAUUGGACGAUUAUAAGGACUGGUGCACACCCGAACACGACUUUGGGAUCACCAAACCCAACUUUAAAGCGCGUCAGAACGCAAACAUGUGUGACCUGAACCGGAAUUUCCCCGACCGCUUCAACUGGCAAAACCAGCAUCACUACCAGCACUGCAACACACAGCCUGAGACGACGGCUGUGAUGGACUGGAUUAACGACAAUAACUUUGUGCUGUCCGCAAACUUCCACGCGGGCAGUAUAGUCGUGUCAUACCCUUUUGACGGCUCGCCGUUGCAAAUCAACAACUAUACAGCCACCCCAGACGAUGAAGUGUUCGUGCAUCUGGCGCACGUGUACUCGGAUAGUGUACCCGCCAUGAACAGUGGAGAUGUGUGCAACACAGGCAGUGCUACGCCCAACUUUACAGAUGGAACCACGAAUGGUGCUAGCUGGUACUCUCUAUACGGCAGCAUGCAGGAUUGGAACUAUCUCAACAGCGACUGCUUUGAGAUCACUGUGGAGGUCUCGUGCUGCCGCAACCCACCGCCCACGGAGAUUGAGAUGCACUGGGGCAUGCACGGCAAUGCGCUCGUCAAGUACAUACAGGCCGUGCACACAGGCAUCAAAGGACUGGUCAGUGAGAAGAAGACAGGCCGUUACAUCGAGGGCGCCAUCAUCGCAGUCGAAGGCAUUGACCACAACGUGACCACAUCGCCGCUGGGCAAUUAUUGGCGCCUGCUUGUGCCGGGAAGGACCUACAACAUGUCAGUGCUUGCAGAUGGAUUUGUUCCAAUUGUUCAGAGGGAUGUGACCGUGCCCGACUCGGGCGCCUUGGAGAUCAGCUUUGAACUCACAAGGACUUCUGAUGCAGACAUCGUGGAAGAGGAGGAGGAGCCAACCAGCACCGUCAGCGUCACGGCCGCCCCAAAUGUGCACAUGCAGAAAUGGGAGUACAAACACCACGGAAACGACAUCGUAGAAGAGUAUCUGGUCAAUUGCUCGCUGCUGUACCCAGACAUCACACGGCUGUCUGUCAUCGGCACCAGUGCAAAGAAUACCAACGUGUACGCCCUGGAGAUCAGCAAGAAUCCCGGAGUAGAUGAGGCGCUGAAGCCGCAGUUCAAGUACGUCGCUAACAUUCACGGCGAUGAGGUGGUGGGGCGGGAGGUGACGCUGAGCAUGAUCCAUCAUCUGCUGACUAACUACGGCCAGGACGAUGAGAUCACCAGAUUAAUCGACACCACACGCAUCUUCUUGAUACCGGCUAUGAACCCCGAUGGCUAUGCCGCCCACCGCAGAGCCAAUGGUCACGGAGUGGACCUGAACCGCAACUUCCCCGACCAAUACUGUGGGGCUGACAAAGCGCAACCCGAGGUGGCGAGUAUGAUGGACUUCAUCCUGGAUCACCGCUUUUUGCUCUCUAUAAGUUUUCAUGGUGGAGCCGUGGCAGUCUUCUAUCCAUACGACGAUAGCCCGGGGAUGAACUGCAACCGCAAGUCAGACGGAAUCCAAAGCUCAGGCGCCAAUGUGUCACCGGACAACAAGACAUUCGAGUAUCUGGCACAUGUGUAUGCGGACAACCAUCAGACGAUGUAUACGAAUGUGGUCUGCUACGACCAAGACCCCACCUGGGACCGAGGAACUUACAAUGGCAAUCACUGGUACCCUCUCACAGGUGGCAUGGGUGAUUGGAACUACCUGGAAGCCGGUGUGAUGGAAGUGACCAUCGAGCUGACCUGCACGAAAUGGCCCGAUGCUUCGGUGAUUGAGACGGAAUGGAAUAACAAUCGUAGAGCUAUGCUUAUGUACCUCAAGCACGUGCACAUGGGUGUCAAAGGCAUUGUCACGUACGACGACGGCAUGACGCCACUAGAAGGCGCUGAGGUGCGUAUUGUUGGUAUUGACAGAGUCACCACCUCUGGUCCUCUGGGAGAUUACUUCUGGCUCUUGACGCCCGGCACGUACGAGAUCGAAUUUUCAAUGGAGGAUGCGAAAGUCAGGCGUACGAUCGAUGUACCGGAGCAAUCUCUCACCGAAUCCGUGUCGGGGCAAGUGGUUUACAACGUGACGUUAGACUUUAAAGCUGAAGCGGACGAGAAGGAAUUCCCGGUGGAGUUAGCGGUGUACUGUGUGUGUGCUAUCGCUCUCAUCCUAGUUAUCUUCGUUCUUUUCAAGCUCGUGAGGUGGUGCUGUUGUAGACCUAACGCCGACCAGAUCCAUGAAACGGGUCGGGACAAGCAGGGCUUGCUAGGAGACAGUGACCAUGACGGCGGGGAUGAUGUAGUGUUUGAUGCGUUCCCAUUGGAGAAUAUGGUUGAAAAUGGCAGCGCCGACAGUGACGACGACAACCAAUAUAGGCUUCAGCACGCCAUAAUGGGAAGCGACGACUCGGACGUGGAGGAUUAG